AUGGCCCACCAUCAUCUCCUCGGUCAGGAUUCCGCCAUCUUCUCUCCCUCCGUCGCUCGUAUCGCCGCCUCCACCGCCCGCGACUGGUCCUACGUCGACGCCUGGCUCUCGUCCAAGUUUCACCCGCGCCCCGUGCCUUCCUUCGAGCGCAAUAAUGACACACUCAAGGCUCUCCUAGCCCUCGCCUCCACCAACGAAGCCGCCGACGAAGAGCGCAGCUUACUUGCCAAAUCUGAGGCUGCUGCCCUGCAAGAGCUUAAAGAAUCCGAAUCCAAAGCCAGCAAUGGUACACGGCCCCUAAGAGAAGGCUUGCUCGACGCCGUGCAGCACAACCUACCCCCCGACGGACAUACCGCCCUCGACGCCAUGGCACAUAUGGCCCUCCAACUCGGCGUCGCCUUUCCAGAGCCCGAGACGUUGGGCCGUCGCAUGUGCGAGCUGCAAUCGACCAUAUAUGACACGGAGCAGAUGAAGGCUCGCGUCGAGAUUCUCCAUCAACACAUUGAUGCCGAAGCGGCCCGUAUAAAUGACCUCUUGCGCGAGCUUCAAAACGACGACUAUCAACCCCCAAUUCAACUGGCCAAGCAGAACCUAGAAAUACAGCGCAAGGUCAAGGCGCUGUCUGCCAAGCUACCUGAGCUGCAGGAUCGUGUUGCUGCCCUUGCCGCCAACACUGAUUCUUCCCAUCCCACCAUCGCUGACCUUGCCCGUGACGAGCAAGACUAUCUUGCUGUGCUAGCUCGCAAAAAGGAGCUUGAUUUACAAUUGGCCUCCUUCCAGGGUCUACCCAGCAACCCUGACAUGGCAAGAUCUGAGCUUGAAGACCUUCGAGGCCAGCUUCGUUCCAUCACAUCCCAACGUGAUGCUGUCUUUGAGGGCCUGGUGGAACGCGAGAGUCCUGUAAAGAGACGACGCUGA